AACGAGGCUUGGCUCUGUUCUCAGGUGGAGGCUUGGUUGUGAUCCGGAGUGAGGUUUGGUUGUAGAGGAAUAGAUCGUGUAGUCGCCUGAGCUGGGCAGGGGAAUGAAGCUGCAUGUUUUUCUUCCUAUCACAGAGGAGCGGAGGGACCUGAGACCAGGACAGAUUCUGCAUUUUUGGGCGACCAGAAUGCUUUGUUAGAUGGGUGGUGUCGUUUGGCACAGUCAAACAGCUGAAAAGUGCAACAAGUAUGGCAACUCCUUUUGUGCCUGUGCCUGUACCAAUGGGAAAUUCUUCUGCAGGCAGCAUUACAACUAGAAGCCAAAGGAGCUCCUCGCUUGGAAGCAGCUCAACCAGUUCAAACUCAUCAAAGGAGCCACAUGAAGAUCCCAGAGGGCGCAAGAAGCUGAGUGCACCCGAUCAUUUGAGCUGCACUUCGUCUGUAUGCGGCAGCCCUCUGGUCAGGACUAAGUUUGACUCGUCAGUAGAGUACAGUUCCCGACCAGUGGAACAUGAACACAUACCAAAUUCAGGGGAUCUGGAGGAAAGGCCUUCAACUCCAACCAUUUUAGGAUAUGAAGUAAUGGAAGAACGGGCCAAGUUUACGGUUUACAAAAUUUUGGUUAGAAGAAGUCCAGAUGAGAGUUGGGUUGUAUUCAGAAGAUACACAGAUUUUUCCAGACUUAAUGACAAGCUUAAGGAAAUGUUUCCUGGUUUCCGGCUCGCUCUUCCUCCUAAACGAUGGUUUAAGGACAAUUACGAUUUAGAUUUUCUAGAGGAUCGACAGCUGGGUCUGCAGGCAUUUCUACAAAACUUGGUGGCACACAAGGAUAUUGCAAACUGUGCCUCGGUGAGGCUGUUCCUCUGCUUAGAUGAUCCUCCUGGUCCUUUUGAUAGUCUAGAAGAGAGCAGGGCUUUCUGCGAGACGUUAGAAGAAACAAAUUACAGACUUCAAAGGGAUCUUGCCGAGAAGCAGAAAGAGCUGGAAGCCAUGAAGAAGCUGUUAAAUGAGAAACAGCUGCAUAUACAGACCCUGGAAAGCCAGAUUCAGGAAAUGAGUAUGGGACACAGUACGGCACGUAGACCUUCCAGAGAGGAGAGCGAAUGCAGUGGUGAGGUGGAGUCCUCCGCCAUUGAAGCCGAUCAAGCUGCUUCUACAGAGAAUGGCUCUUUUAGAGACAGCCAUGAGAACUGCUGGAAUGAGUCUUCCCAUGGAGAGCCUCCCCCAGAGAUUGAAGUUGCUGAGGUUGCAGAUCCAGAUGAAGACAUCUAAUGUGCCUAUAUAUACAAUGGACGAGUUCUGCUCCUCCUAGGUGUCUAUGUGCCAUCCAGUGACGUAGUGGAGCCUUUAACUCACUAAUGCGGGAUGUUUACACGCACAGAUAACACUAAACAGGAAAGUGCCGUCUUUGCUGCUAUGUGGCCAGCCAAUUGAAGUUUGCUCUACAAUCCGGGGACGUGAGGUGACUUGCACCUUCGAUUCCUGCACAUUAAUGAUACAUUUCUGUCUCGCUGUGUCUGUGGGACUGGCCUUGUUUCAAGCACUUUUGUUGAAGUCCACAUUAAUCUCAUCAGUGCCACACGGGCCUCUUCUGCUUUGCCAAGUUUGCUUCCUGCUUGCUUUCUUUUUCCACACAAAGAAUCGCUUGUUUCCUGCUGUGGACAUUGCCAAUCAUGUUAUUUUAAUCAGCGACGGCUCAGAGAGGGAGAUUUUGUAGUAACUGAGCAACAACAUAGGAGUGCAGGUUGUUCUAUUCUUAGAGCGCUGUGACUCGGGUGACUCUGCUGUGCUGGCAGCACACCUGACCUCCAGCAGUGCCCUCCGAGAUUUAUGGCACGUUUCCAUGAAGACCUGAAACCUUUGUGUACAUUGGUGCCUGAGGAAGAACUACAAUCUAAGGGAUCUUUAAAUGGCUGCUUUUUAGAUUGUUAGAGAGCCUGUCGUGAACGGAGAUGGAAUUAAAUACUGUUUAUGACGAUUUAUGUUUAAAAUAUGAACUGCUCUUACCCAGCGUUUUGGUCUUCUAAUCGCUUGUCAUGAUCCACUUGCAAUGCAAUCGUGUGUCCCAAUUCUCAGAGAAGAGCUAUAAGCUGUGUCAUAAGAUCACAUUGAUCUGUAGAACUGCGCCAUGGGGACUGACCAUUGAGGUGAGAUCACAACAUAUUUAAAGAUGCACUAUAGUACCAAAAGUAUUGGGACACCUGCCUUUACACACACAUUAACGUUAAUGGCAUCCCAGUGUUGAUAAGGUUUAAU